ACUUAACCCUUUUACAACUCAACUUUACCCAGGGGGAAGCGUAUCAGAAGGUGAAAGCCCCGCACUGACGGAGCCGCCGCCAUGUACGCUAACAACGUGAGCAACCUAGACCAGAUCCUGUCGUCACUGCAGUGUUACCCCCAAAGUUCUCGUGUACGUGGAGACGUGUACAAUCUACUUGGCCAGAUCCCGUCGCUGCAGCCCAAUUGCGGCACAUUCGCUCAUAAUGACGGCACAACCAGCACUUUGCUCAAUCUGGAGGGUACUAUCCCCAUUUUCUAUCGAGGCAAUCAGUACAACAUCCCUGUCGAGUUUUGGGUCGUAGAGGCGUAUCCAAUGUCCCCACCCGUGUGUUUUGUUCGUCCUACCGCCGACAUGAUGGUCAAACCGGGCCACCCACACGUAACCAGCGAUGGGUACGUCAAGAUCCCGUACACAAGCGACUGGCGGCCGGAUUUUACGAUGCUGGAGCUCGUGGCGCACAUGUGCAGUAUCUUCGGUAAUAUGCCGCCAGUAUUCCGUCGGCCAGCGUCCUCCAGACCGCAGAACAGAGCCAACGGCAGCGCAUCUGCAGCCACUAGCGGCACAGGCGGAUACUUCCAGCAGGGUUCGUAUGCACAGUCACAUCCACCACAGCCGUCGCCGUAUUAUUCUUCGCAGUUCCAGUCCCAUUCACGACAGGAAAGUGAAGAAAUUUCACUCUUUGGGAGCAGUCAACAGUCUCUGGGAGCGUCGUCCUUGUCGAAUUCUGGGGUGUAUACUGAGGUGAGGCCUGAAGAGCGUGCGGCCGCGUUGAAAGUCGAAGUGACGGGUAAAAUCCAGAUGCAACUGGAGAAAAUAUUCAAACGCGUGCGAGACGACAUCGACUUGCAGUUCGAGCAUGAAGUACAAUUGACACAGUCACGGGAAAAUGUAGAGCGUGGACUGCAGUCGUUGCGCUUUCUACGGGACGAUAUUACCCGAGCAAAAAGUGUGGUGGAGACACAGGAUCAAGAGGUAACGGCGUGGCUGGAAGAGUACGAGGGGAAAGAUACAGUGGAUCCAGACACGAUCUUGGUCGAAGGCGAUGCGCUGUCAAAACAGUACGGUGUUGUAUAUUAUUUUUUAUGGAUAUAAGAUCUUAAUUCUAUGCUGUUAUGUGGUUGUAACAGGAUGAUCAAGACGUUGGCGGAGCAUUACGCGAUCGAGGACGCACUGUACUACAUGGACCGCGCGUUGAGCAACGACGAGAUGGAGUUGUCUGUGUUCCUCAAGGAGGUACGGAAACUCUCGCGAAAGCAGUUCAUGUGCCUGGCACUCGUGCAGAAAAUACACGCUAAACAGCAAGAGCUGGCGGCAUCCUCAUACUAUAGUAGUCCACCAAGUUAAACCGGCAAAAAGGUAGUCGUAGAACUCAUCAACAUCAAGAAUUGACGAACUCCACGUGCUCCUAACGUCUUUAUUUACAUGAUGUGAGAUUCUUCCUACCAGCGAAAAAGUCGGAGCUGCCUUCGCCUCCUGUAACUCUACUCUUCCGUGCAGGUUCAUCUGGUAUUUGGCCUUCCAGCUCCUCAUAAAGAUCCCAGAAAUCCGACGACAUACUCUCAGUUCGGUGCUCGGUCUUCCAGUCUCCUAUCUUGAGCCACCCUCCUCUACGACUGCAGCUGUCUUUAAGUCCCAGAACCACUUCACACGUCUCCGGGUCAUCCAUUUUCAAGCAUGCACCCAAAUGUACACGGCACGCACCACUGAGACCGAUAAGCUCGAUUGGUAACACUGUGAUGUUACACCCGUCCAGUAACAGUGUACGCAGCUUGGAGAGUUCUGCAAACUCUGGAGGUACUGGUGAAUUAAUUGGGUUUUCACCAAGAUCCAAAAUUUCUAAUGCCAAGCAACGUGCGAGUUGCGCAGGGAUCUCCUCGAACUUAUUGCGACGAAGAUUUAGAUGUGCGAGUGCAAACAUUUGAGCAACUUCAGUUGGUAGUUCACUGAUGUUGUUGCUAUUCGCGUCGAGUUUCACCAGAUGCACGAGGUUUUUCAUACUUGGUAGAGAUUUCAACUCGUUUUGUUGCAAUUGCAAAACUUCAAGGUGGCAUAAAUUGUCAAAUGCUGGAAGUGAUUCAAGAUUAUUCACUUGAAGCAAUAAUCGCCGUAACUUUUUCCAUCGUAAUAAUUCGGUUGGGAGUUUCGUGAGUUGAUUGUUGCUCACAUUGAGUUCAAGCAGUUCUGGGAGGAUACUCACUGGUUUCCCGAGUUCUGUGAGUAAAUUGUUGUACACGUUGAGAAUUCGCAAUUUCAUGCAAAAGCCAAUACUUUCAGGAAGUUUUGCAAUCUGGUUACGAUUAGCACGAAGAAUUUCAAGCGAUUCCAGUUUCCCCAGAGAUUCAGGCAACGCAGUGAGUUGGUUACUCGCAACUUCCAAUACGCGUAGUUUUGUGAGUUUAGUCAACGAGUCUGGAAGCACAGCGAUGAUAUUCUUUGACAGAAUGAGAACCUGAAGUGCCACUAGCGCGUCGAUCUCCUUGGGCAACACUGAAAUAUCGUUGCAUUUCAGAUUGAGCUCCGUGAGAUGUGGCAUUGAGAAAACAAUCUCCGGGAUGUUGUGUAAGGGGAGCAAACCAUGUUUUGUCAACGUGCCCGUUGGUACACCGGAUCCUUCACGAUCCACUGUGGACGUAAGCUCCACUCGGCUCGUUUUCGACAUUUCCAGCACAAUUGUUUGGAUUUUCUGGUUGAUCUCCGUGUCUAACCGCACUGUAUGCCGCAUUGUCAACUUGCGCUUUGAUUCCCCAUUCGGAAGAGGAGGUUUCGAAUUGUUUCCUGGUUUUGUCGUAGGAAUCACGCUGGUGGUUGCAAAUCUACUGGCUUUGGGGUCAUUCUUGCCAAUUGAAACCGCGCUUCCCAUUGCCGUGAGCAGCACACUCUACUUUGCCACGGCAAGCCGCGGCUGCACGUGUAAGUUGGUAGCUCUGUUCUUUGGCUGGUAGAAAUUGAGAGCGACGUCAGGUUUGUCCUGAGGAAGGACGCAGGGUCUGCUAUUUAUAUUAGAAAGUAAGGCAUUAAACAUCACGUAACAAGGAAUGGCUAAUGUUAGCGCCAUGAUAGCUCAGAAAAAAAAGCAA